UCGCAGACUCUCAGUAGUCGAAUUCAGUCGAGCCAGCGCCGUGAUCGGAGUUGGAAUAGUGACUGGCGAACAGUGUUCGGAGCAGGCGUAUCCGCUCUCGGUGUUCUAGUCGCUCCUUAAUCACGCGCACACGAAUUAAUUUGAUCGGCUGGCAGACCCGAGAUCGAAUAUUCGCUUCGUUUUUUAUUCGUUUCUUGUUUAAUCGUGAGCUUCGUACGCUUCUAUCGUUCUCCGUCGUGCAUGUUCAUCAAUUUAUAUAGUUUGUCGCUAUUCGUUUAACCGUCCCCGCUGUGAUUGACUGUCGCGAAGGCCUUUUUUUCCGGAGCCGCUACAGACACGGCAGUGAAAAUGCGGUAGUGACAGUGGUAUAUCAGAGACAGGGAGAAAAAGAGAAUCCCUGAGUACGUUUGUAGGCGCGAGGACGCCACGAGUUUACUCGAUAAAAAUCGAAGUGAACGAAAUUAGGGGAGAGGCUCCUUGAAGCCAGGGCCAGAAGUUAUGUCGAGUUCGUGUGUUCGAGGACGAGGAAUUUACGCGCAUGUGUCCAGUGGGAUUUAGUGUCGGCGAUAAAGCAUUCUUUCCAGAUCUGGAUACCUUGCUCGCAACACCUACGGGACCUGGAUUAUCUCAUGUCAGGAUGGCGCUGGCGCGCUGUCGUGUGUUCUUUCGACAUGAUGCGUAUGAUGCCGGGACUCGUUAUUAGUUUGAAAGUUCUUGGUCAAGUUGCUUGCAUGGCGAAGGAAAGACGUCAAGACUUGCGGUGAGCGACUGUGCGCCUCAAACGUCGCGGGUCAGCUCAAACUUGCACAGCAGCAGUAGUAUGGCAGUAAGCCGUGUACCAAGCCCUCCACCACCGGAAGUGAACACCCCCGUGGCCGAAAAUUGGUGUUACACGCAGGUCUUAUGUGCACAGGUGAAGGUGGUUAAGUUCAGCUACAUGUGGACGAUAAAUAACUUCAGCUUUUGCCGGGAGGAAAUGGGAGAAGUACUAAAGUCGUCCACCUUCUCAGCAGGGGCCAACGAUAAAUUAAAAUGGUGCCUAAGAGUGAAUCCUAAGGGUCUGGAUGAGGAGAGCAAAGACUAUCUGUCGCUAUAUCUCCUUCUCGUUUCGUGCAACAAAUCCGAAGUCAGAGCAAAGUUCAAAUUUUCUAUUCUUAAUGCCAAAAGAGAAGAAACCAAAGCAAUGGAGAGCCAACGUGCUUAUAGGUUCGUCCAAGGUAAAGAUUGGGGUUUUAAGAAGUUCAUUAGGAGAGAUUUCUUGUUGGAUGAAGCCAAUGGACUCUUGCCCGACGAUAAACUCACGAUAUUCUGUGAGGUAUAUACCUUUGUCAGCGUAGUGGCAGAUAGCGUGAAUAUUUCCGGACAAAGUAAUACUAUACAAUUCAAAGUUCCAGAAUGUCGAUUACCGGAUGAUUUAGGACUUUUAUUUGAAAACCAAAAAUUCAGCGAUGUCACGUUGACAGUAUGUGGGAGAGAAUUUCAAGCGCACAAAGCUAUUCUCGCGGCACGAAGUCCUGUUUUUUCGGCGAUGUUCGAGCACGAGAUGGAGGAAAGGAAACAAAAUCGCGUGGAUAUCACCGACGUAGACCACGAAGUGUUACGAGAGAUGUUACGAUUUAUAUAUACGGGAAAGGCAGCAAAUUUGGAAAAGAUGGCGGACGAUUUACUAGCUGCAGCGGACAAAUACGCAUUAGAAAGGUUGAAAGUUAUGUGCGAGGAAGCGUUAUGCACAAGUUUAGCAAUCGAGAACGCAGCUGACAUUCUAAUUCUUGCUGAUCUUCAUAGUGCUGAUCAACUUAAGGCACAAGCCAUAGAUUUUAUUAACACACAUGCGACAGACGUAAUGGACACAGCAGGUUUUAAAUCAAUGGUGAACUCUCAUCCGCACCUCAUAGCGGAAGCGUUUCGGGCAUUAGCCACUCAACAAAUUCCACCGAUCGGACCGCCCAGGAAGCGGGUGAAACAAAGCUGAAAACAAUCACCGCUGACUCCGGGCACAACCUCCACAUCGCCCCCGCCUAUUUUGCAUCCCUCAUGACUUUUUUGUGUACAGUGAUACAAGUAGUGCUAAAUAAAUGUUUCCUAGUGCGCCAUUCUCUGGUCCACUUAAAAAGGAACUGCGACGAGAACUGUUCUUCAUGGUUUUCGACCUAAAUUUGUAUCGUUUAAACAAGAUACAUUGUGCAGCCGAUUCAAACGGCAAGGCGGGAAACGCAAUUAACUUAUGGCUAUAGACUUUAUUGUAAUUUGGUGAAAUCGUCGAUAUUAGAAAAAGCCUAUCACAGAAAAGAAAUCGAGAAAAGGGUAUGAUGAAAGAUAAUCUUUUUCUGAGAAAGAGUAAAUUAUUAAACGCGUUGGUUUCAAUCAGAUUGAACGAAAUUAUUGGUAGUUUGCAUUGUACGUUACAUUCUCCUGUGUGAGAGGGACAUGUGUUUAUCCAUCGAUACGCAAAUAUCAUGUCAGCGAUUUGUCAAUGCGCAUAAUUAGGGUCUUGUAAUGGAUUUGUUUUCGUUUAUAAUGAGAAUAAGUGAUGAAAACGCGCAAACCAUCUAUGCAUUAUGAAAAAGACAUCAGAAACAGCCAGAGGACCAAGGCGAGAUUGAAACUCGCUGAUACAUUGCUACACAUAUAACAAACUCACACGCGAAGAAAGAGAGAUAUACAUGUGAUGUACGAAGAAAGUUGUGAUAGACGUCAACCAGACAAUUAAAAGAAAAAGAUUUUGUUCCUUUGUCGAAAAUAACGAAUCAAAUAAGAAGUGUCCCACGCUUGUUCAUCGUGUACACGAGCGACGAGAAUAAAAUUAGAUAUGUUUAUUACUGAUAGUGAUUUUUAGUUUUAAAUGAAAAAAAAAAAAAAGAAAGAAAAAUGAAAUCGUCGAAUUCUUCCAAGAACGGAGAAAAAAUGAUUCUAGUUAGUGUUUUUUAUGAUCUCUUUCUCUCAACAUGUACGACUACUACGAUUACUAUUAAUGCUACGCAAUCUGUGCCCCGUAUUUUUGUAUAUUUUUUGUCUGCAAAUAUCUACAUCCUAUCCUCCUGCGGCCUUUUUCUCUAUUUCCCCUUAAUCCCUAUUCCCAUUCCCAUUCCCAUUCCCUUGUCGCUAGGCACAGUUUGUUUUGUUUUCUCGAGUAUUGCAUAGUAGACGAAGUGAUAGAUUCGAAUUAUUAUUAUUAUUGUUAUUAUUAUUUUUAUUAUUAUUACUAUUAUUAUUACUAUUAUUAUUAUUAUUACUAUUAUUAUUACUAUUACUAUUAUUAUUAUUACUAUAUUAUUAUUAUUAUUAUUAUUAUUAUUAUUAUUAUAUUAUAUUGUAUUAAAUUUAGGGUUGUCCAUAAUUUAUCAGAUUUUAUGUUAAUUAUUAUUGAAAUGUCUAUCAUAUUCGCAGGAUAUAUGUAUUAAUUAAAAAUAUUGCAAGAGUUUCAUUAAAUGAAAAGAAUGAAAUCAAACAGAUAUUGUUAGAAAAAGAAGAAAUGAACAUCAAACAUAAAAAGGAAAUUAAAAACACUGUAUAAUAUAAAAGGUUAGUCAAUUAUAAUAUGAGAAUAUUAAUCGUUUUUGUGUAAUUAAUUAUCAAAAUCGCGAAAUUGUGUGGUCAAUGAUCUGAAUUAUGGGCAACCGACAGAAUACACAAAACAAUAAUCAUCA